GUAUAGAAGGGAGUAUCGGAUGAGCCACAAGUAGGAUCAUCCCUAGGUGUAGAAUGGGCAUGACCCGCGUCGCGCGACCAACGAAUGGUGUGGUAAGUGCAGCGAGCGUCAUUACCGACGUGACCGUCGUCGGGGCAGAAAUGGCGUAACUCCGAUCGCCUCGUCUGGCGUCGGGCGAGCCUGGUUGACUGUCAAUCAUUGGCAUAUGCCGCGCGUCAUGUCGGCACCUGAUAAGAGGUUAGGCGCGUUCAUGGCAUCGUUGAUUUUUCCAAGUUUCUGAACGAGAACGCGGUGGAGAAAGAAAAAGAGGACGCGCUGCCGCGCACUGAAAGUAACGAAAAGUAGAACGGCCGAAAGAGGAAGGAUAAACUGAGAAUGCGAUUUUUCUCGCCGAUCCUGAACGUAGCCGCGUAAAUAACGAACGAGUUGAACGCCGAGGUGGGUCUCUUCUCGCGAGAGUCGCGAGUAACGCGAAUCCCUCCGCCCGCUCGUCGCUCCUCGGCUCCGCUCACUCCGCUGCUCGGUGAUGUGACUUCCGCGGGGCGAAACGGGACGACUCCCUGGACAUGUGCUCCCGCUCGCGAUGUGAACGAGAAUGCACAUGAUGCUACAGGCUCGUUGGGAACGCUCUCAGAAACGCAAGAAGCUCUUGGCCCAGACGCUGGGAGUUUCGAGCGUGGACGAACUGCGACAGAUUCUGGGGACGGACGUGGAGGACACGCAGAAGAAGAGAGGCAGGCUGUCCAAUGACAAGUCCGACGGCGCGGUCAAAGAUUUGAAGGACGACGUCGCUCCGGCGGACGAGAUUGUAUAUAAGGAUUCCUCGACGUUCUUGAAGGGAACGCAAUCGUCGAAUCCGCACAAUGACUACUGUCAACACUUCAUCGACACCGGCCAACGGCCGCAGAAUUUUAUCAGAGACGUGGGUCUGGCGGACAGAUUUGAGGAGUACCCAAAGCUGCGCGAGCUGAUCAAGCUGAAGGACGAUCUGAUCGCGGAGACCGCGACCCCGCCAAUGUAUCUAAAAACAGACCUGCUGUCGUAUAACCUGAAAGAGCUCAAUUGUAAAUUUGAUGUCAUUCUUAUAGAGCCACCGUUAGAAGAGUAUCAAAGAACGUGCGGCGCAACCAAUGUGCAACUUUGGAAUUGGGACCAAAUAAUGGAGUUGGAUAUCGGCGAGGUGGCCGCCAAUCGCAGCUUCGUGUUUUUAUGGUGCGGUAGCAGCGACGGAUUGGACAUGGGACGAUUUUGUCUGCGCAAAUGGGGUUUCCGUCGUUGCGAGGAUAUCUGUUGGAUCCGCACGAAUAUAAAUAAUCCGGGCCACAGCAAGAACCUGGACAGUAAAGCGGUGCUGCAGAGAACGAAGGAGCACUGUCUAAUGGGUAUCAAGGGAACGGUGCGACGCUCCACUGACGGGGAUUUUAUUCAUGCCAACGUCGACAUCGAUCUCAUCAUAUCGGAGGAGCCCGACUACGGGUCCAUCGAGAAACCCGUGGAGAUUUUUCACAUCAUCGAGCACUUCUGCCUCGGCAGAAGAAGGUUGCAUCUCUUUGGACGUGAUAGCACCAUUAGACCUGGCUGGCUCACCGUCGGUCCGGAGCUAACGAACACUAAUUUCAAUGCGGACCUCUACCAGAGUUACUUCGCCAAUGGUCAGAUCACUACCGGCUGUACCGAAAGGAUAGAAGCGCUCAGACCGAAGUCGCCGCCACCAAAGGGAAAAGUGUCCGGCCGAGGAAGAGGAGGCUUCAAUCGUGGCAGAGGCAGAGGGAGAUAAAUAAAUCAGACUUCUGCAUUGUAUGUCUUUCGAAUUAUUACAAUAGAUACGAGAAAUCUGAAAAUAUAAACACAUAAACAAUUA